CAACCUCCUCUGUAUCUCAGCCGACCCCUACCCACCUUUUCCCCCCACCAUACAAAUUGAAAGGAAUAAACCGUCAGCCCGUUCCAUCCCUAAACAAAGGAAUUACAUUUGCGCAGUUGCGCCGAUUCCAAUACCGUGAAGACACUUGGGAAACCGUCUCCAGGAAGUGACGUAAGUUAAACCGGAAGGUACUUUGGUCUCGUGUGGAAGCUGCAGAGAUGGCUCAAAGGCUCUUGCUGAGGAGACUCGUGUGCCCAAACCUGAGGAAAUCCUGUGGCUCAGUGUGCUCUCCACCCUCAGCUUUGUUGCCCAGUCUGAACACUCUCUCCUGGCACAGCCACAAGCCUUCCUUCAUACAUCAAGCAGGUUCACCUUUCUCCAGAGGGUUUUGUGAUUCUCCAGCCUGUAGUGACACUUUCAAUGUACAGAACAAGACAGAUUUCACUGACCGAGUUCUGAACAACAAAAAACUGGUUCUGGUGGAUUUCCAUGCAAGUUGGUGCGGCCCUUGCCGUGUUCUUGGACCAAGACUCGAGAAGUUGGUGGCAAAACAGAAAGGAAGUGUCAUAAUGGCAAAGAUAGACAUAGAUGAACACACAGACCUUGCCAUGGAGUAUCAGGUGACUGUGGUCCCGACUGUAAUUGCCAUGAAGGAUGGGUGUGCCAUGGGCAAAUUCACUGGUGUCAAAAGUGAAGAUGAGCUGGAAGUUUUCAUCAAGAAACUACUUUGAUAUUGACUGGACUGAUGGCCUGUAAAGGUUUUAUACAAUGGCUGUGGGGUGACUGUCAAGUGAUUCUCCAUUUUCCAACCAGAUGUUCCUCUCUGUUCUGUAAAGUAAGCCAGAGAUGCUACGACUAACCAUCUGUGUGGUUGAGAAUCCUGCCUCCAUCCACACACAAAAGCUAAUAAAUCUUGUCAUAACUGAGGCUGCUGUCCUCUGUCCUUUUCUGAAAUCUUUAGCCACUAGUGCACCCCAAUCACAAUGAAACAGAGUCUACUCCAUCCACCCCAUGGUGCCCUGCAGCCUGUAGAACCUCAUUGUAACAGUACCGUAAUUUCUUCUCAAUCCUCUGCUCUAUCUACAAUACUUUAACUCUAGAAGCCAAUGCGUGAUAUUCAAUCCACUCCACUCCGACUGUUUCCCUCAACUCCCUCUGAACCUUAUCUGCCCUCUCCCCACAUCCACUCCCUCAGUAUCUCCUGAAUAUCUGAGAAGUGCUUUAUGUUCUGUAGCCUACACCAGCAUUGCUUUGUGUCUGACUGUGCCUCAGUGCCAGUGUCUCAUCCCAGAAAGCUGAGGUUGAGGAGUUCACUGUCGAUCACAAUCGGUGACCUGAUUUGCACUGAGCACCAUGCACCAAGAAGAAGCUGAGAAAGCAGCUGCAGGGCACGGACAGAAUGACAAGUCCUGAUAGCUGACUAUAUGGAUUAGCAGCAGGAGCGAGGAAAAAUUAUAUCUAUUUUAAAAAAAAACAGAAUCACAAAAUCAGUUCUAGCUCAGUCAUCAGGAGAGAGUCCCAUUAGAGUCAGUGACCUGGAUACUUACAAAGCUGUGUUCCUAAUCUCUGUCUCCUGCAAAGAGAGCAAUUGAAACAGAUCCUGCAGUUUCUUUGGAUAAUUUUACUUGUAAAUCUGCUGUUUUCUUUCGUCUGGUCUGGGAAUGCGUCAACAAGCAGUCACUGAGUGUUGCUUAAAAUGAAUUUCUGUAUUCUAUAUCGAUCGUGGUAAGCUCUGCUGCUCAAUACUGCCUGACAAAUUAGAAAGAAAUUGGGGUUUGACAAAGGUAUGCUAAUGAAGACAGAAUAUUAGAAUUAUGAUUAUAAGGACCACAGAAAAGCUUUUUAUUGGUGGUCUUGCUUCAUGGACGAUUGUAAUAAACUUAUUUUCUAUGUCCACUUUCCUAACCUGCCCAAAAAGCUAUGGCCUCUGGCACGUGCAGUGCUACUUUUCUGUCUGUUGUGUAUGAAAGAGAAUUGAAACUUGGCAGGAGAAGAAGGUUGCCCUCCCCUUGUCCAUUGUUAAUCUGGCAGGUUUCCUGCAUGGUUACACUCAAGUAGUUUGUGGUUUGAGAGAACUGAAAAACAAAGAUUGUGUCCUUCCUCCCUGGCACAGUGGAUGCAUGAAUCAAUUUACAGGGGAUACAGGAAGCAAUACUAGACCAGCAGGAAUGGUGAUCUCCAGUUCAUUCCUUCCUCUGUUCACUUCUUCGAUAGAGCCACAACUUAGUGAGCCUUUAUCCCUCGGAUAGGAGGAAAAUAGAUAAUGACUCCUGUGCUGUAGCACAUACUUAAAUAGCCUGAUGGAUACUUACAGUCUGAGCCCUGUGAGGAAUGGCCAUGUGAACAAUGCUAUAGGAGACAGCUUAACCUGAAAAUGUAUCUUUUAAUUGCUGUGUUGUCAGCAUAAAUUAAUCUCCCAGCACUGGCCAUCCGCAAGCACUUUAAAUCAAAUUGUGACUGGCACAUUAAAGCAAUAUGCAAUCCUGAAGUAUGUCCAGUGCAGUGAAACUAGAUGUGUGGAGUGUUUUGGUGGAACCAACUGGUUUCUAAAUGCAGAGUUGGGUAAAGUUGAAACAACCUUUUGAAAAACGAUAUAAGCAUCAAAAUUUGUAAACGUCAAUGGUUCUUAAAGCAGAAGUAGCAUACAUCAGCUCCUGGUUCCAUUGUUUUCCUUUGCACUUUGUUCAGCUGGUUCUGCCCCUCUCCUCAGCUCAAUUUAUAAAGGAGCAGUCUGAUGAUUUCAUUUGUUUCCCUCUGCAGGAGCUAACAGCACAGCGAGUGAUCAUAUCUACAUCCUGCCACACAGUGCUUUGUUAAUGGAGUAUUCUCCUAUUGUACUGUGCAAUGUAAAUAAUGGAAUCUAAUCCAUCUUGUUAACAAAACUUUAGCUGAAAUAAUGAUUCAGAACUCCUCCAGAAUAAACCACAUGUGUUUCAGGAAGCUGAAAGCCAGCCACAUAUUCACUUUAGGGGAGCUUUCUGCCAGAGUCUGAAAUCAAAAUGGUGUUCAAACCUGGUCCAUGAAUGUAUGGUGUGCCACAUUUUAGCUAACUUAGCUUACUGUAACAUACUAAAAACAAACUUACAAAAUGUUGGUGGGCUGAGACCUUCACUAUGUAUCUAGCUGGAUGGAAUUCGCUGAGUAUAAUUUUUAAUACAGUAUUGAAAUAUUUUACAAGUUGGGAAAAGUCCUUGCGUUUAAAUGUCUUAGCUGAUCUCUGGAAUAGCAAAAAUGAUGUAGUAAACUGACCUUGGCAACCUGAGCCAAACUAUGGGGAUAAAGUGGGGGGAAUGGGCCAGGAUUCCAGUUAAUUUGUUAGUACCUUUUUGCUGAAUAAUGAAGUGAAUCAAGGGACGAAUCCGGCUUGACUGCAUAAUGUUCUAUUGUAGGUCUAAACCUUUGGUUUGCCUGAUCACCAGUGCUUUGAACAAAAUGUACUGAUUUUUGUGUACGUAAAAUUGGGCUUCAAACAGAUAUGACUGAGGAACAGUCGCCUCUGGUUCAACUUCAGCUAAGGGGAGAUCCAAGUGUCGAUAAUGGACAGGGACAGAAGUCAGUUUUUGAUAAUCUCCAUGGUCAGCUCCUGAGGUGGGGGGAACUGGAGUGACUGUAUUUUCAGUGUUUGAAUUUAACUCCUGUUCAAUUCAUUCCAAAUGUUCCAUCAAAUUAACUAAAGGACAGAAUUGUGUUCCUUUUGUAUCUGAUCGUUUUGCUAACAGGUGUCUCAGCUCCAGUGUUUGAAAAUGCAGUGUCUUCUCUAGUGUAGUUUUGGUUGCUUUUCUUCUUGAUGAUCUGGUAGUCACCAGGUUUACCUUGUGAAUUUUAGACCUUCCUAUCAUCUGUCUCAGAUAAUCAAGUACGUUGCAGGUCCUUUCCAAUAGUGCUGUCAUCCUUCUAAUAUUAUUUCCCCAAGGCUGACAUCUGCUUCUUCAAUACACAGGCUCAGACUUUUGUUACCAGUAGAAGAUGGCCGUUUGCCUCACUCUCACAGUUGAUGCAGAACUUGGGGAUGGGUUUGAGGAUUUAAGGAUUUUGGUCAUUAAAUUGAGCUUAUUUACUGGUGAUUUGCAUACUGCUCACUUUGUAACUAAAUUCUGAAUUGAAUUUUUUUGAAAUGUUAAACUUGGCCACCAAUAAAACAGAUGUUUUAUGAAUAAACUUUCACAGCAAAUUAA